AUGGCUAUCCUCUUCUCCAAGCCUGCGGACACCCCAGGCUCGGCCCUGCCUGCAGUCCUCAUAGGAUGUUUCGUUGCGUUUGGUGGUGUCCUGUUUGGCUAUGAUACAGGGACAAUAGGAGGCAUAUUGGCCAUGAAGUACUGGAGAAACCUCUUCUCGACCGGAUACAUCAACCCAAAAGAUCAUUAUCCAGACGUGACGGCGAGUCAGACAUCUGAAAUUGUCUCCAUCUUGUCAGCGGGCACUUUCUUUGGCGCCCUAUUCAGUGCUCCCAUCGCAGAUUUCCUGGGUCGUCGGCUAGCCAUGAUCUUCAACACUGGAGUGUUUACCUUUGGCGUUAUUCUUCAGACGGCUGCCACUGCGAUCCCAAUGUUUGUCGCAGGGCGGUUCUUUGCCGGCCUGGGAGUUGGUCUCCUGAGCGCCACCAUUCCUCUGUAUCAGUCGGAGACAGCACCAAAAUGGAUCAGAGGAGCCAUUGUCGGCUGUUAUCAGUGGGCCAUUACUAUUGGUCUCUUCCUUGCUGCGAUUGUUCUUAACUCUACCAAAAACCGCAACGAUACUGGAUCUUACCGGAUUCCCGUGGCUGUCCAAUUUGCGUGGGCCAUCAUCUUGGUGUCUGGCAUGUUGAUCCUCCCUGAGACUCCACGCUUCUUGAUCAAGAGAGGGAAUGGUGAAAAGGCCGCAAAGUCUCUCGCCCGUCUCCGCAGGCUCCCUGUGGACCACCCUGCUAUCGUUGAGGAGCUGACCGAAAUCAUCGCGAACCAUGAGUACGAGAUGACUAUUGGCACGGCGUCCUACCUUGCCUGCUUCAAGGCCCCCAUCAGGAAGCGACUGUUUACUGGCAUGGCUCUCCAGGCUCUUCAACAGCUCACCGGCGUCAACUUCAUCUUUUACUACGGCACGACAUACUUCACCAGCGCGGGAAUACACAACCCGUUCAUCAUUUCUGUCAUCACCGACGUCGUCAAUGUCUGCAGCACCGUCCCUGGUCUGUGGAUGGUCGAGCGUUGGGGGAGACGACCGCUGCUUCUCUUCGGUGCUAUUGGCAUGUCCGUUUGCCAGCUUAUCGUCGCGAGCGUAGGUACCGCCAGACCCGGUGAGCCGGCCGCCAGCAAUGCCUUGAUCGCUUUCGUCUGCAUCUACAUCUUCUUCUUCGCCUGCUCGUGGGGCCCUUGCGCUUGGGUUGUUACCGGCGAAAUCUUCCCAUUGAAAGCCCGAGCAAAGGGUUUGUCCAUGACCACAGCUUCAAACUGGUUGCUCAAUUGGGCUAUCGCCUAUUCUACGCCGUACAUGGUGAAUCCAGGCCCCGGAAAUGCGAACCUUGGAUCCAAAGUCUUCUUCGUCUGGGGUGGAUUCUGCUGCGUCUGCUGUGCAUUCGUGUACUUCUUUAUCUACGAGACAAAAGGCUUGACCCUUGAGCAGGUCGACGAGCUCUACGCCAAGGUCAGCUCGGCUAGAAAUUCGCCUGGCUUUGUCCCGACUGUUCGCUUCACCGAGGUCAAGGAGAUGGGAGCAAUGGAGGCCCGUCGGAGCACCUUGGCAGAUCUUGAGCAGGCUGCCGUUCGUAGGAAGAGCUCAGCUGGCGUUCAUGAGGAAUACGUCAAGUCCUGA